UCCAGAAGAAUCAGAAGACCUUAUUUUAUUAUUAAUUUUUUUUUUUUAAGACGCUAAGGAAAAUAAUACAUCACUGGUACCUGGAAACAGACUCAAGAGGCACACAGGCUUAUUCACAUGAGGGCUUUCCCUACAACGUUUUAGAAAGCCAAUUUUAGAAAGCAAUCCUUGUGUGUGUGAAAUCGAAGCCGUGACGAAUAUGAAAACCUGUAAAUCCAGUCAUUUGGAUUCAGGCAUGGAAUCAGACAUCCAGUGCAGAAGUGGACCAGGCUGCGUUGUGAAGUGCAAUUCAGAAAGGAUGGAGAAUGCUGCUAAGAGAAGACUGGCUGCCAAUGCCAGGGAGAGGAGAAGAAUGCAAGGACUGAACACAGCCUUUGAUCGUUUGAGAAAAGUGGUUCCACAGUGGGGUCAGGAUAAGAAGCUGUCCAAGUAUGAGACCCUUCAGAUGGCUUUGAGCUAUAUCAUGGCUCUCACUAGAAUACUUGCUGAAGCAGAAAGAUACAGUACUGAAAGAGAAUGGAUUAACCUGCACUGUGAACACUUCCACCCAGAGAGCUACCACCAUUACACAGGACAAAAAACAGCAACAGACGGUGAUGCUUACACACAGCGGAUAUUCAGCUACCACCCUGAACACUUUCAAAUAGCUAAUUAGAAUGUUUUGUGAACUAAGACAAUGCAACAGGCCAGAUGUGUAAUUUAAUAAUUAGCAAGAGUUAAUCUGCUUGAAUAAGGUAAUAUUGGCAUUAUAACAGCUUAUUCUUUUCUGCAUCCUAUACUAAUUUGACAAAAUAAAUUUACUUUGUGAACUUUAUUUAUUUUAUUUGGUGCUGGUGGAAAGUGUACUUUUAAUAUGAAACCUUUCUGGCAAUUUCUUAUUAGUUCAUCUAGUUAAUUUGAUUCUUUUAUUACAUAAGUUUUUUGAGUUUUUUCUUGCUGUGAUGAAUCAUGACAGUAUUUUCUACAGAUCAUGGGUCAAGCUGACCCAUGUUGUAACUGAAUUGAAUCACUUCAGAGCUUGACUUCAUUCCAUAUUUUUAUUUUUAUGUCCAUUUUUGU